AUGAUAGUUGAAUGGGAAACUCGGAUAAGGGAAAUGAUUGUGGCUAACAAGGAAGAAAUAGUAGAAGAACAACCGAGUGUGAUGAAGGUUCGAAAUGCUCAGCAGAAGAUGGGAAAUACGACAUUGGAAGAAUGCUUUCACCUUUAUACACAAGAAGAAGAGCUGAGUGGUGAUGCUUGGAGAUGUCCCCAUUGCCACAAAGAUCAACAAGGAGCAACAAAAAAUUUGCGACUAUGGUCAUUACCUGGCAUUUUAGUUGUGCAUUUAAAACGUUUUAAGCAAGUAAAGAUGCAACGAAACAAACUAAAUAUUUUAGUUGAAUUCCCAAUGUGGGGAUUAGACCUUGGUCAACAUCUAGUUACGUUGACCAGUCAACAUCCACGGACAUCCAAUGGUCAUCGUACUUCAAGUCUGGAUUUUGCAAUGUCAGAACCUGAAGAUGGACACAGAGAUGUCUACGACUUGUUUGCAGUUUGCAAUCAUUAUGGUAACAUGAAUGGUGGCCAUUACACUGCUUUUUGCAAGAAUCCUAUCGACGGUUCUUGGUACCACUAUGAUGAUUCACGUGUCAAGCCUAUUUCUAAAAAUGACGUGGUGACAAAGGCAGCUUACUUGUUGUUCUAUCAACGUAGAAGUUUAUUCAAUCGACAAGCAGAAGAAGUUCAAAGAGGAAGCCAUUGGAUUUACCCUUUGCACGGGAUUUCAUUGAACACGGAAGAACCUCCUUUGCCACCCGUACGGACCAUAAGCCGUGCUUCGUAUCGUAGUUCCACGCCACCAACCCCGCGUUGGCGGCAACGGUCCCUGCCACCUCCUCUUUCAUCAGUUCGAUCACUUCAUUAUCAUCACCCCCUCCCCACCUCCAGUCCACAUGGCACCAGUUGCUAUUCUAAUAGUAGUCGGUCUGCAUGUACUCCAGAUGAAGAUGAUGAAGAUGAACCCAAGUUGUUGCCUGGAACAGUCAAUAUUUGGCAUAAAAAUGGGGGACCAACUCAAUCAAGCGCAUCUAACCCAACUGUUAAAAAGUAUGCUACUAUUGCUCGGACAGAAAGCCCAAGCCACCUUGACCAGUUUGGACCUAAUGACCAAGCAUUCAUGGCACGCUCCAAAACUUACCAUGACAUUGAAUCACAUUCACAGCCCCCUGUUGGUGCCAACUCUCAGCAGGCACCUCCCAAAACAAAUGGUCGAAUAGUACCAUCCAACUUGCACAGUUCAAGCAUUCAACUGCAACAAUCACAUAGUGCAGAUUCUCAGUUGGCUGACACCCAUUCGAAAUGGGCCUACAAGUCGGGUUCAUCUCAGGGCUCAGCAUCCCGAUCUCUUUCAGCAAAUGACCACUACCAGCGUCCAUAUUAUUUGACUAAAUACAAACGGCAACAAACUGCUUUUCAUCAAGAGAAACUUUGUGCACCUUGCCUAAAAGAGUCGUCAGUAUAA